CUGUGGGUGGUGCUCUUCUCCGUCUUCUUUGAUCUUCGCUAUUACUUCAGGCUUGCUCUACACGACGGCCUCUACUACGUGCCGAUGCUGAAUGAAUACGGGAAGUCUCGCUCCUACACGGCCUGGAUGGGCUCCCUCACCAACGCCUUCUUCAUGCUCGGAGGUCCCAUCAGCUCCUCGUUCAUCCAGCGGUUCGGGUGCCGUUCGUCCCUCAUACUGGGCUCCGUCCUCAUAAUGACGGGCUACAUCGCCUCCGCCUUCACCACCUCCCUCGAGAUGCUCUUCUUCACCUACGGCAUCGUGAUAGCGUGUGGGAUGAACUUCUGCUACUCGGGUCAGAUCAUCGCCCUGGCACAGUACUUCGACAAGAGGCAGUCCAUUGCCACGUCCGGUGCCAUGAUCGGAAUCGGGAUCGGCAUGUUCUUUAUGAGUUCUUUGUCGGAAUACGUGAUCCGGGAGUACGGCUGGCGGGGGUCCUUCCUCUUCAACGGCGCCCUCAGCCUCCAGAUUGUGGUCCUUGGCGCCCUGGUGUUCCCGCUCCAGCUCACGCCCUCGCAGGAGUUCCUCAAGGACCUCCAGGAGCAGACGGAGAAGUUCCCUGGCUCGAUCGCCACCGUCAGGGGAAUGACAACUUCCAGAAGUCGAGCGUCUUUCAAAAAGUCUCUGAAUGACAGGUUGGUCUCAAAGCUUAUAAUAUCAGCCCAUAUUGAUUGCUACCCCCUCCAUCUCCCCCAUUGGUCCAUUACCCUCCACGCCUUCGCGUCUGAUCCGCCGGCACCAGCCGAGCUCUCCCACUCAGACCUCCGCUCGAAUCAAUACAGCUUCCCCCACAGAGAUUCGCACGUGGAGUUCGGUCUCUUCUCGAGGAAUCAGAGCUUCUGUUCUCGACGUGAUUUGCAGUAUGAUGGAGAUAUCGACGCUGGGAAACCUGGCGUGUUUGGGGUCGAGAAGGUGAGGUUCCUUCUGCGGGAGGACGACUGCGACCUCAGCUGCUGCGCCGAAGAGCUGGAGGAGGGCUGCGCGGGAGAGGCUCACCAGAACUGGCGCAAUGAGCGAAGGUCCCUGUGCACGCUUUUGGUCAAGAAACUGAAGCUUCGAACACAAAGAGCCAUCAAAUCAUUCUCUGAAAACUCUUCCGAUCACCCUCUGCUGGAUACCCGCGUGUGGCUGAUGGAUUUCUCAGUCCUCUUCUGCAUGGUGGGAACUCUCACGUUAUAUGUCAUCUACAAGGAUUUCGCCGACUCAGUGGGUCAGAGCGAAUAUUAUUCCAUGGCUCUCUCUGGCAUUGGCAUCGGUGACCUCAUCGGCCGAGUGAGCACAGGCCUCCUCAUGACGCUGAAUGACGCAAGUAUCAAUUUUACCAUUUACUAUUAUCGGUGGUUCUUCUCCUUCUAAUAUUAUUUCAUCUAC